UAGUUCAUGAUACCUAAACAUUGAACAUUAUUAAAAGUAUUAUAGCUACAUGUAGAUCCUGCAGUAUUGUGGUUGAAUCAUAAAGAGAUGCCCUGUUCAAACCCUGGCUUCAGUCAUGAGAGCUUUGAGAGCUGUUUGGAUUAGUGAUGCAAGGCUGUGGUCUACUCAACAGAUUUAGUGCAGUCUGGAAGUAGGAGAGAAAUCAACUGCACACAUUUGAACCUUGAUUACUGAGCAGGGGGUGGAGGUACUGAGAGAGAGUUUAAGAGAGAAGGAAACCAGGGAAAGCAAAUCAAAACUUCUUUCAGUUCUUUCUGUCUUUCAGCUGACCUUCCAUCCUUUCCUUCAUCUCAUCGGCUGAUCUACUGCAAAAUGGAAACAGACUCUAUGACUUGCCCUCAGAAAUCUGAAUCCCAGGAUGAAUGCAGUAGCGAAGAAGGCAAAUUCGCCGAUGAUAGGGAAACAGCCAUUCAAGGCAUGAAAAAUAAGGACAACGAAGCUAUUAGUGGGUUAGAAAAAACAAAAACACCUGACAGCAGUUUCUCUCCUCAACCUCACGAUCAUCCCAUCUCCUCACCAGCAGAUGGAGCCAUUGAGGCAACAAUGGAAGACUUGAGCAGUGCAGAUGAAAAUGACCCGAAUGGUGAUCAGGAGUGGCCACAAGUGCCAGGACUGGAAGAAGAUAUCCAACCAGAGAAGAAUGAGUGUCAGGCCAUUGAGAUUCAGGAUGAGGUGAAGGAAAACACUGACACCAGUGAAGAUGUUCAGACAUCUGUGCAUGACACUGAGGGUGAGGAACCUAUUACCAUGACACAGGAAGACAAAGGCUCUCCACAAGUACCAAAUGUGGCCAAUGAAGAGUUACAUGAGCUUGAGUCACAUGGUGACUCAAAAGUGUUCCUAUCAGAAAACAGUAAAGAGCAAAAUAUAGACUACAAACCUGUGGACUUUGCAACCAACAGGGAUCAGUGGCUGAGACGGGACAGCCGUUGUGAUGAACCAUUGAACCUGACGUAUUUCAGGAGAUCUUCAAAAUGUCUUCUCUCUAAGACCGAGCCUUCAUCAAGCACCCAAAGUGAAUCUUCAACUGAACCUGUGGUCAAUGCCGAGAACAUCCAGCAGGGGGAGCUUGAGGAAAACAACCCAAGCAGUCUGAAGGAGAAUGAGGCGGUACAACAGGUGCGUGGUGCUGAUCCGCCCCUUGAAACAGUUGCAGGCAAGCCAACCAAUCCAGAGCAAGGAAACUCCGCCUGUAUCUCUACUGAAGUAAAAGAGCCAUUGAUAAUGCCACAGGGGAGGAGGAACAGUAAAAGGGAAGAGCGAGAGGGUGGUGAAACAGGUGAAGAACGAAAGCAAACAGUGUGUUUCACAGAAACAGGUGGGACUGAAGGAAAGCAGGUGGAGAAGGUUAAAGAUCAAAGACAAGAACGGGGAAAUACUGGACAAAGAGCAGAGUCCCAGUCCAACACAAAGCCUCGUUUGGGGGAAGGGAAAGUCAACAGAAUGCAGGUUCAUUUUGAUGACAGCCAGAGCGAUAGUGGCGUAUCAGCUGAUUUCUCUCCCAGCACAACAGAUGUCUUGGAGGGCCAUGAUACUGAUGCUCCUCAGCUUUCUGAAUCUCCUCCAAAUGAGACUCCCAUUGAGAGGGAGAUCCGUUUGACCAUGAAGAGAGAGCAGAAUCUAAGGCGUUCUCGAGGACUGUGCGACACGACUGACAGGACUAACGAGUUUGUGGAAAUUCCAUUGAGAAGACCUAUUCUAUCCCUGGACCCCCAGAUAAGACCCGACCCAAGCAACGGCAAAGACCGGCAGUUUGCCGGAAAGAAGAUGCAGAAGGAAAUCAGCGAAGAGACAGAGAGGGAGAAGGUUCUAGUUGAACUGGGCCGACUACCUGGGUUCUAUGACAAGGGAACAGAGGUACAGCUUCAAGAAAAAAAGCAGCUUUUUGAGUCAUUCCAAGAGCUGAAGGAAUCAGUGGCAACUAUUAACAGAUCUGCCUCAAACUCCACCGCAGAGUCUGCCGCUGGAAUACAGGAUGUUGAUGUUAAACAACUCCUAAUGCAAUUCUCACAGAAUCCUCCCACCCCACCAGCUAUGGCCCAGUUUGGAGGAACCAACGGCAACCCGCCUGCUGCUCGAGGACCUGGUCUAUCUGAGGGAAUCAAGGGCCAGAUAAUCAUCAUAGAGUCCAACGCUAUUCCCAUAACUGCUGGAGGACCAAACGGAGGUUCUAAGGCAGAUGGGGGAUCUGUGAAAGUGAUGAAUUCAGAGGGUGUGAGGGCUUCUUCUGCUGAGCCUGUCAGAGCAAGACAAAGUCCAAAUUUAGAAGUGACUGAAGAUGAAGAUUUGAGUUUGGUGAAGGAGAACCCUUUCUUCAAGCUCCGCUCUUCUAUAAGUCUGCAGUCUCAGGUGGAGCUGGACAUUAAGGAGGCUAAGAAGAGGGAACAAGAACUACAGAGGCAGAGAAACAGUCUUUAUGGUGGAGCAGCCAUGUACACAGAUGAAGGAAGUGGAGAAGGAAUGGAUUUUAGAACAGAAAUUAGAGUGAAAGAGGAAAGGGGAACCUCUAUCCAAGAGAUUCCCCCACCUCAAUGGACAGAUUUGACUUCAGCAGACCCCCAAUUAGAGACGUUCACCACCACUACAUCAGUGCGUCAGUCCACUGGGAAACUGGACCUUACAUGGCCACCGUCCCAAUCUGAUGAAGAUCAAAGACAACUGUCAGAGACUACAGUAAAGAUCCCGAGGCAGAAAAAUCCAUUACUCGAGCGCUGGGAGUCAGGGAUGGUGAACGACUGGGACUGAAACACACAAACAACAUCCUGAUGCACAAUCUGAAGCCAACCAAGUACUAGUGAACUAAAAUAAAGCAUGUAAACAAAUGAUCAGUUUCCCGGUUUAAGGAAACCGUGCCAUUAUGGGUAGAUAAAGAGCAUCAUUUGCCUCAAAAAGACACUGCAAACACACACACAUUGUAAAUAACAGAUGAGCCAAACGGUUGUUAGCAGGUAUAAUGGUCGGCAAGUGUUUAUUGGCAUUAUAUGGGCUGAAAAUGAUUUCAGUAUAAUAAUUAUGUAAUCCUCAAUGUAAUGUUCUGAUUUACAGUUAUAUAGUUAUUUAUAAUCAAUAAACAUAGCUGCUUAUCCCAUAGUAACAAAACAGUCUAAAGGCUGGAAUAAUAUAUAAGAAUUAUAUUUAAAUAAACAUUAUUUGAGAAAUAUUUCAUUACUUAUUAGAAAAGGUAUAUUAUACUUGGAAAUGGUUUAAUUGAUGCAUAAAUAAAAAUGCUAAUAUAAAAAUAAAAAUGUUUUUAUCAUCUUUUUUGUUUAUGGUUGCAUGUGACUCAUUGUUAGUAUUGUGAUAGAGGUCUGGCCCUUGGAGUCCGAAACUAGAUAACUGACUUCACAAUAGAUACAAUAACCAGAAUGUAAUGCUUACGCCAUAUCUUUGGCUUUGAUUUUCAAAAUAACAAUUAAAGAGGGCGAUGUUCCAGCAUUCCAUUCAGCUUCCAUGCAAAAGCCCUUUGCCUGUUCAAUGACAUCACAGUCCGUUCUAACCUUCUGCAAACUAUGAACACCAGACUGCCGUGACUCAACACACCAGUGGGCAUUCAAAUUCAUCCCCAUGGUGAUGAUUGCUCUGUAGGAAAGGUACAAAGAAAACGUCUGAGCCCGAGUGAGAUUAGUCAUGACUGAGAUCACGACACACACUUGCACAGUACGCUUUGCUGACCCUCUAGUUGCCUGUGAAUGAUUCAUUCACUCUUUAGCCAAGGCUGCAUGGGAAUGCUCAUUUCAGAUUUGGCAGAAGCUCAUCCAUACCACUGGAGAAAAGCUGCCCACUGAUUUCAGAUUUCAAUGAGCCUAAUCUAAAUGACCUUUAAGACCAAUAAACAAUACAAUUCUUUGUAUUCUUAGAAAAAACAAAACAAUAUGAUUAGUGACGCAUUGGUUGUUUCUGGCAAAAUAUAUAAUCUGUAUUUGUUUUAAAGUGUUUCGGUAACUGAGCAUUGUUUUGUUCCAGACAGAUCUAAGAGUUUCUGUGAAAAUGCAGGGGAUAAUUACGGUAAUUCAAAAAUAAAACAUACUGUCAUCAUUUACAAAUUUUUUUCCAAAUAUCUUCUUUUGUG